UGAUCUGAGUGAGCGUCUAGGCUGAUGUAAGUUCCGGUAAUUAUGUUUUGAGCUGAACGUGUUAUACAAUGUUACGAAAGGAAGUCAACGAGGAUCUUCAAAAAGCUUUUCAACUUUUGGAUUGUGUAGCAAAAUGCCUUGUGAGGUGAAGCCCCGGAUCCUGGUUCUGUAUGGCUCUCAGAAAGGCCAGGCACAGUCAAUUGCUGAAGGAAUAGCUGACGAGGCAGAAGAGAAGGGACUGAUUGCUGAAAUCUGCUGCGUGAGCGAAGGAGAUAAGUUUAACUUGGAGAAGGAGCGUGCUCCUGUGGUAAUUGUUGUGUCGACUACUGGGGACGGGGACCCACCAGACAAUGCUCUGAAGUUUGUUAAGAGAAUCAAGAAGAAGACCCUGUCCAGCGACCACUAUGCCCACCUCUGCUAUGCUCUUCUAGCUCUGGGUGAUACAAACUAUGCUAACUUUUGUAACUGUGGAAAGACUAUUGACGGCCGUCUACAGGAACUGGGUGCUAAACAUUUCUAUGCCACAGGAUAUGCAGAUGACGGUGUAGGGCUUGAGUUGGUGUUAGACCCUUGGCUUGAAGGACUGUGGGAGGCAAUCAGAAGAGCGUUAUCCAAAAUGUCUGCCCCUCAGCCUAAAAGGGAUGUCACAGACACAAGAGUAUCGUCAGAGGAAACCUUCGAGUCAUUAGCGACAGACGUCAGUCUCCACCUCCUGAGUCUUGAACCAGAACCGGCGAGCACCGAAUGCCUAGGAAAACAAGAAGAGAUAGGGAGGGCUAAGACAGAAUCAACCACCCCAGCUGUUAAAGCCUCUGAGACUGGGAGCACAGUCCCUGAUCUCAGACCAGUGUCAGUGACAGACACCACUCAGACAUCUCCUAAUCGAAGCUGUGUCAUCGCUGAUCACAAGUCAGUGUUAGGGACACCGAGUGGUGUACCCGCUGCGGUUGCGGAGGCCUCGUUGACGCUCUCCUUCCCCCCGCUCUCCGAGUCCGCCCUCAACGUCCCUAAUCUCCCUCCGCCGUAUCUGGAUGUUGUGCUGCAGGAAGCCACCACACGAGAAGAGACGGGUGUUCCAGUCAUGAAGGAGGGCUUUCAGGAAGUUCCCGUCUCCAGGUCAGCCAAGCUGACUAGUGAUGACUCCGUUAAAACAGCCCUUCUGGUAGAGCUUGACAUCUCGGCCCAUCCUAUGGACUACCAGCCUGGGGACUCGCUUGAUGUGCUCUGCCCAAAUAGAGUCUCCGAGGUGGGUGAGCUGCUCCUGAGACUGGGCCUAAUGGACCGGAAGAGCCAUUGUAUUCAGCUCUCUCUGCAAAAAGAUACCAAGAAGAAAGCUGCUCAGAUCCCCUCCUAUAUCCCAGAGAACAGCACACUGCAGUACCUGCUCACCUGGUGUCUGGAGAUCAGGAGUGUCCUUAAAAAGGCAUUCAUUCGGUCUCUGGUUGAGUGUACAGAAGAAAGCGGUGAGAAAAGGAGACUACAGGAGCUUUGUAGCAAACAGGGCUCAGCCGACUACAACCUCUAUGUCAGAGACCCCAGACUUGGCAUAUUGGACCUGCUCAGGGCUUUCCCCUCCUGCCAACCCCCUCUCAGCCUCCUGAUAGAACAUUUGCCCAAACUGCAGCCCAGACCGUACUCCGCGGCAAGCUCCAGAAUGAGGCAUCCAGGCCAGCUGCACUUUGUGUUCAACAUCAUUGAGUUCCCAGCGUGCAUUGAGAGACCUGGUGGGAGGCGGGGCCUGUGUACAGGUUGGCUCUCUGACCUUGUCGAUCCCAUCCUGCUGCACCCUGGGAAGGUUCAGUCCUCCAGCACCUCGUCCAGUGUCCCUAAGGUCCAUGUAAGUCUGCGUCAGAACUGCUCCUUCCGCUUGCCCUCUGACCUCUCCAAACCCCUAAUUAUGAUUGGACCAGGCACUGGGGUCGCGCCCUUCAUUGGUUUCCUACAGCAAAGGGAGAAGGAGAGGGAAGACAACCCAGAAGUGGUUUUCGGUGAAACCUGGCUUUUCUUUGGUUGUCGCCAUAGAGAUAGAGACUUCUUGUUUAGAGAGGAGCUGCAGGGGUUUGUGGGUAACGGAACCCUGACCCAUCUGAAGGUUUGUUUCUCACGCGACCCUCCGGAGGGGACAGAGACGCGGACGGGACCUAGAUACGUCCAACACGACCUGCUGCUCCAUGCUAAAGACAUCACCAACCUCCUCCUCAGGGAAAAUGGUUACCUAUAUGUUUGUGGUGACGCGAAGAACAUGGCUAAAGACGUGAAUGACGCCCUGAUGGAGAUGAUUGCAGCAGAGCUUCAGCUGGACAAACUAGAAGCCAUGAAGGCACUGGCUAGACUCAGGGAGGAGAAACGCUAUCUACAGGACAUAUGGAACUGACUGGACGAUCGCGUCUCGGUUCUGACUGUGAACCUCAUCACCGGACCACACUGUAGGCAUAUAGGAUUUAUCUAACGCACACAUCUCUGGCCAUUGAGUCCUGCUGCAUUUAUAAGGUAGUUAUCAAUGGGGACACAGGAGACUGUGAAAUGAUAGAAGAUCACCAAGGUACACCACAGACUACACCUGUGUACAAGCUGAGGGAAACUGAGCCUUGAAUCACAAGUAAAUAAAGGUGUCACAAUCAC